AUCCCGUACUACCUGAAACCGGUCCACCUGGAGACCCGGACUAUAAAACACUGCAGUUGAGAGAGUCGCUGCAUCAGAGCUCCUCUCCUCCUGCAAGAACCGCGGAGGAGGAUGAUGAUGAUGAUGGUGAUGAGGAGGAACAUCUAGGGAUGAGAAGUGCUGCUCCAGCAGGCAACGUUAUCUCGACCCUCAUCCGGAUCCAGCCCACCAGGACCAUGUCUGCCCUGUGUGCGUCCGCAGUGCUCUUAUGUACAGUGAUGGUUGACAUCUCAGCUCGGGUUUUGCCCACAACCGGCCCAGCUGACCAAUCCAUCCUCUCACCACGCCACUAUCAGCACACCGACCCCGACUCGGGCACCCAGCUGGUCUGUGACAAGUGCCCGGCAGGCACCCACGUGUCUGUCCACUGCACCCCAACGGCCGUGAGGGAGUGCAGCCGCUGCCCUGAAGGCACCUUCACGCGGGGCGAGAACGGGAUGCAGAAAUGCCAUCCCUGUCGGGCCCCAUGUCCCUCAGGCUUCAUCGAGAAAGCCACCUGCACGCCCAUCCAGGACAGAGUCUGCACCUGUCCCCCCAACAGCUUUUUGUUGGGGGAUGGUGGCGCAGAGUGUAAGCCCCACUCGCUGUGCCCGCCAGGGACCAGGGUGAAAAGGCGGGGCAGUGAAACCGAGGACGUGCUCUGUAAGCCGUGCACCAAGGGGACUUUCUCAGAUGUUGAGUCUAGUGUGGUGAAGUGCCGGACCUAUACGGACUGCCAAGCUCAGGGGCUGGUGCUGCUCACACCAGGGACUAAAGAGACAGAUAAUGUGUGUGGAUCCCCUUCGGCAGCCCCCUCCUCCUCUUCAUUUUCGCCUGUCUCCACAACCACCCUACUAGGGCCUGCACAGGCUGUGCUUGUACAGGAACCCAUGACUUCUUCAUCUACUCCAUCAUCAUCCCUGACUGGACUUGCACACAAAGGCACCUACAGCCAGUCAGCAGCCAUUCGACUGAGGGGAAACCUGGGUGGGGAAGCACACCUUGCAGAGGGGCUACUCUUUAGCCGGUCUGGCACUCCAACCCCACCAAAUCGCGAUCCCCCACGGAUUCCACAGCUCCCAGCUCACAAGCAACACAUGGACCUCAAGCCCCAACCCGGGCAACCAGAUUCUAACCCUGUGCCAGGCCCAACCAAGAGGGCAGUGGAGGGUCUGGAGGGUGCAGAGGUUGUCAGGGUUGGUAUUAGCAAGGUAGCCGGCCAGGGGAGCGGAGGUGGUGGAAGUGGGAUCUCCAGCUACUACAGGCCCACUCGCAGGGGGUCGCCAAGGCCGAGCACCCAUGAUCACUUUGACAUCAACGAACACCUCCCCUGGAUGAUAGUGCUGCUGCUGCUGCUGGUGCUGGUGGUGAUCGUGAUCUGCAGCGUGAAGCGGAGCUCUCGCGUGCUGAAGAAGGGCCCCGUGCAGGACCCUUGCAGCAUCAUGGAGAAGGCAAUUCAGAAGAAAGCAUCUGCGCCUCCAACGCAGGUCAAAGAGAAGUGGAUCUACUACUCCAACGGACAGGGGGUGGAUAUCCUGAAGCUGGUGGCGGCCAACGUGGGCACCCAAUGGAUAGACAUUUAUCAGUCGCUGGCCAACGCCACGGAGAGGGAGGUGGCCGCCUUCUCAAACGGCUACUCGUCGGACCACGAGCGGGCUUACGCCGCACUGCAGCACUGGACCAUCCGGGACAGCGACGCCAACCUGGCCAAGCUGAUCAACGCCCUGCACCGACAGCGCCGCAUCGACGUGGUGGAGAAGAUCCGCUGUGUCAUGGAGGACAACCCACAGUUUGACAUCAACCAGCUGAUGACCUCAGUGAAUGUAAGCCAAAGCCUCAGUCCCAUCCACAGGCCGCUCGAGUCUCCCAGCAGCGUCAGUAGCGGCAGCAACAGUGGCGGUAGCGUUGGCGGUAGUGUUGGCGGUAGCGUUGGUGGUAGCGUUGGCGGGGCCAGCGGCAUGGGCGUGGAGCAGUCACCGGUGGACCGCACCAAGGGCUUCUUCCCCGACGAAUCCGAGCCCCUUCUCCGCUGUGACUCCACCUCCAGCAAAGACUCCGCCCUCAGCAGAAACGGCUCCUUCAUUACCAAAGAGAAGAAAGACACCGUGCUCCGGCAGGUUCGCCUGGACCCGUGCGACCUGCAGCCCAUCUUUGACGACAUGCUGCACAUCCUGAACCCGGAGGAGCUGCACGUCAUCGAGGAGAUCCCGGCCGCCGAGGACCGACUGGACCAGCUGUUUGAAAUCGCGGGGGUCAAGAGCCAGGAGGCCAGCCAGACACUGCUGGACUCGGUCUACAGCCACCUCCCUGACCUGCUGUAGAGCAAGGAAGAAGGAAGAAACCGCGCCGAUGAGAAUCGACACAGGAGUAAAACAAGGAGUGUCUCAGUGGGAGGGAUGACUCAGAUCUGAUGGAGUCUGACAUGAUUUGAGCUAGGUGUUGUAGAUGAGGUGGUGAUCUAUUCCCCUCAAUGACUCUUUCAAAUCUUUACUUUACUCUUCUUUACCAUCCUCUUCAGUUGUCUUGUGUGUAUACACUAUUCCUUCAAAACACCUCCAUCCUCUACAAAGAUACAGGGUCAACGCUCAAUGUGAUUAGAGCAUACUGAGCGUCACACCACGAUGUACUUAUGUACUAUGUGUACAGCCUUGUUUGAGGUGGUAAUUAUGAGAGUAUUUUGACCAGAACAAUGAACAAAAAGCUUCCAAACUUAGAAAAAAGUUUAUUUGUCUCAGCUGGCCAAUGCCUUCACCUUUAAAGGGUUAUACCGAUGUUUUUUUGUCGGCCAUGCCAAUCGUCCUGGCUUCCCCUGCCUUUAUCUAUAUAAUUUAACAUGAUGGUGAUUGCUAAAUGGUUGCAAGAGAGGAAACUAGACACAGACAAUAGUAAAUAAGCUAUAACUCUAAAUGACACUGGUAUUAUUCUUAUGGUUUUAAGGGGUUUAAGAUUCCUUUAAAAACGAUUCACAGUUAUUUUGACCAGGUAUGAUUAGUAGGAGCUGGUCCCUUGUCUCAGCCCCUCAUAUUUCUUUCUUCUUUCCAAGUAGAAAGUCUAGUUGCCUGUACCUGGAGCAGUUUCAUCUGUGGGUUAUUUUAGCUGGUAACCUACCAGACCAGCAGGGGGCAGUGUCAGAUAAGAGGGUUGACCUGCUGCUCUAGAACCAAAGCCAUAUUUCAAAAAAUACUGGAUUAAACGUCAAAGUAAUCCAAUAUGACAUUAGUGAAUUGAUAUUCACUUAAUCUAAUGUUUAUGAUUUAUGGCUUUGCCUUUGAACUUUAUGCUUUUGGAAAGAAGGGUCCAAAACUGUCAAUGAUCUGAAGAGGAGGGGAGCAGUGUUUACCGACCCUGCCAUAUAUCUAAAAAUGCUUUAGAUACGUCGCUUUGGAAGCUCUGUCACUGUUGGACUCGAGGACAGUAUAGAAUAAAUAUAUAUUCUACCAGUACGCACAUCCAGAUCUCUGCUAGCUAGCCCCAUUUGCCUCAACAAAUGUAGCUUUGAUAAAGUGUUCUUGAUACAUUUUGGAGCUUCAUGUAUGGCUGUCUGAGUGUUUCAGUGCUAUAGUUAAAACAAUACAACACAAGUGAUUUUUAUUUUCAUGCAGCGGUAUGUUGCUACAUGCUCUAUGUAGUGGAUAUUAAAAUCUAAUAAUGAUGCACUAAUUCUAUUUUGUAGGGGAGAGGCUGACUGUAUUUUUCCAUGUCCUUCAUUUUCACCAUCUUUUAUUCUGAAAUGCCGUUAACUAACAUUUGAUUUUCUUGUCAUGUUUUCUACUUUUAGUUUGAUGACGUUAUUGUAGCACCUCUUUAUCAUUUUGACUUCCUUGUAGUCUGGUGUUUUUGCUGGCAUUCAUGUGUAUUUCCCCGCCCGCCCGCUUGGCUUGAUGAUGACCUGGCCGGGAUGUAAUGUUAUGCAUUACUCCAUACUUGAAGUCUACUUGCGUUACUUGAUUGAAAUGAAGUAGAAAUAAUGUGCUCUUUCAGUUCCUUCCAAGUUCCAAGUUGUUAAAAUAUAAAUAAAACUGAAAAAAGCACCACCAAAAAGACUCAUUGACGCUCGGGGAGGACUUUAGGGGCCCCAUGAGAGCAGCAAAUGAUGGACUCUGUUUUCACCAAGCCAGUUACUAUCGAAGCUCCCGUGGUGCUAGAUGUGAACUCUCACCGGAUGGCCUGACACAGGGGGUCUUGACCCUGGACUAAUGACUAUUUCAAGUAUUCCAGACCGAGCGAAGGAGAUUGAAGGUUGUAUUGCUGUGGAUUGUUGGAUGUUGACAAUGAUGAUGGGAUGAUGGGGAUGAGAAUGUGUGGGCUUCUUUCUUUUUCUUUUUUUUUUUUUUAUUAUCUUCUUGGGAAGUCUGACAGGAUGAAGGUGAGGUGUGAAACGCACAUGUGGCUCGAGUGGAUGAUUUCAUUAACGUGUGUAACCAGUAUGUUUACUACUAUG